CAAUUCAAUAAUAAUUCCACAUUAUUACUUCUCCUUUUCUAUCACCUUAUUAGUAUAAUUAAGCUACUAUAAGCACUUAAAGAAAAAGCCCAAAAAUGCCUACACAAGCAGCUGAAGAACCCCACGUUACCAACUUGAAGCCCAUUUUUGGUGCUUCAGGAGUGAAAGGCAAGAAAGUGACAACAUUGUCCUCACAAGUCACUAUAUCUGAUUUCAUUCAAUCCAUCAUUAAAGAUAGCCCAACUGAAAUUGACUCACCAUUUAGCGUCCUUGAUUUAAGGGUCCUAAUUGAUCUCAUGACCAAAUGGACCACAAACCUUCCAACCGUUAAACCUUACUAUGCAGUGAAAUGCAACCCAAAUAUUUCAAUUAUAGGUGCUUUGGCUGCACUUGGCUCCAAUUUCGACUGUGCUAGCCGCGCCGAAAUUGAAUCCGUUUUAUCACUUGGUGUUUCACCUGACAGAAUUAUCUAUGCCAACCCGUGUAAAUCAGAAUCACAUAUUAAAUAUGCUGCAAGUGUCGGUGUAAAUGUAACAACUUUCGAUUCCGUUGGAGAAGUUGAAAAGAUCAGAAAAUGGCACCCGAAAUGUGAACUAAUCCUCCGCAUUAAGCCGGAGGAAGACAGCGGAGCUUGGUGCUGUUUGGGUCUCAAAUAUGGUGCACUUGUUGAGGAAGUUCCCGAGCUUCUCAGAGCUGCUGACAUGGCGGGACUUAAAGUAACCGGCGUGUCAUUUCACAUAGGUAGCGGAGGAGCUGACUCACGAGCCUACCACGGCGCCAUUUUAUUGGCUAAAAAUGUUUUUGAGAUCGUUUCACAGCUUGGAAUGCCAAAAAUGAAAAUUCUCGAUAUUGGUGGUGGAUUCACUUCUGGGUCAAAAUUUGACGAAGCAUCGUUAAACAUUAAUGAUGCAAUUAAUUCUUAUUUCGAAAAUGAAGAUGAUCUUGUUGUUAUUGGUGAACCUGGUCGUUAUUUUGCGGAAACAACAUUCACCUUAGCAACAAAAGUUAUUGGAAAACGUGUGAGAGGUGAAUUAAGAGAGUAUUGGAUUGAUGAUGGGAUUUAUGGAACCCUCAAUAACAUUGUGUUUGAUAAUGCCAUUGUCAAGUGCAUGACACUUAGGUUUGGUUCAAAGCCUGAAAAUAUUACAUGCAAAGAUUCCAAAACUUACCCUUCAACGGUUUUUGGACCCACUUGUGAUUCAUUUGAUACAGUACUUAAAGAGUAUCCAUUACCUGAACUUGAGAUGGAUGAUUGGCUAGUGUUUCCUAAUAUGGGUGCUUAUACAACUUCAUCAGGAACCAAUUUCAAUGGGUUUAGUUCCUCAACUAAACAUAUUCAUCUUGCAUGUUCAAGUUCAAGUUCUGUCGCAAGAGAACAAACCAUGUUUUGAUCAGUAUAAAUCCUCUCAUGUGAUUGUUGCAUUUGUUUAAUUUAAUUUAAAUAAUUGUAAAAAAAAUAAAAUUGGGAUGGGUGUGUGUGUGGGGUUGUCAAAUUUGUCAUUUUUCUUCUAAUAAUUGGGUUUUGGAUACACUGAUGUCAAAUAAUGACGCAGUUUUAUAUUGUAAUCAAUUUCGAUUGUUGAUUUGGUAUUGAA